AUGAACACGAUUCCUGAGAACGAGAAGCGUCGCAUGGAGCAGCAGUAUGCUCCGCCUCAGUCUGUCGAUCCUCGACGGCAGUCACAGGAGAUUCCUCAGAGCAAUGGUCAAACCCAUCAACUUCCGACCAGGAUAGCGGCUCUUCCACUUACGUCGGAGUCUCGCCAAGAGAACAGGAAUCUGCCCUCUCGGGAUGUGUCUGAUGAGACUUUUGAUGACACCUAUGUGGAAUUUAUUAUUUACUGCAAUCCUAGUAUCCCUUUGGAUACGGAUGCGACUGAGCUGAAGAGGAUUUUUCGAGCACCACCCAAAAGUGAUGGGAAGAAUUUCAAUACGUUUACUCUGUUUGAGUUGAUCCGGAAGUUGGAAUUGAAGGAGAUUAAGACUUGGGCUCAGCUGGCUUUGGAAUUGGGAGUCGAGCCACCAGCGCUGGAUAAGGGACAAAGCGCUCAGAAAGUACAGCAGUAUGCAGUUAGACUCAAGCGAUGGAUGCAUGCUAUGCACGUUGAUGCCUUCUUUGAGUAUCUUCUGAACAAGGCCCAUAUAUAUUGGACUCAAGUCCCGUCACCCAACGAUCCUGCCUCUGAAUUUGGACGAGAUGGAGUAGCCGCAGAAGAAGACUUGGCCCUUCGAGCACUAUUACCAGAGACAAGACCCAAAAGAGGACGCCGAAAGGCUGAAGAUAGAGAGGAAAGUGAAACAGGGAAAUCACCAUCUCAACGUCCUCGUCUAGACUCACCGUCAUUGUCUGAAGACUUCAUGAUGGCUAGGACAUCACUAAUUGCAGACAACACAACACCAGCAACAGCUCAUCCGGACUUCCAACAAAAUUUCAACGAUAGAAUGGCACCCUGGUCAGCCACACCCUCUAUGCCAGGGACUUUCCGAUGGCCUCCCCAGGACAGCGCAACUCCUUUGACAGCGUAUCCACAAUCAGCUAUCACACCCACAAACAGACAGCUGUGGAAUGAUGCGAACGAACCUCGGUCAGCCAUCACUCCCAAAAGCAAAGCAAGGCGGCGUCAUGGACCAGCUGUAUCUUCAGCGUGGCCAAGCAACGGUAGUUCAUCUUCUGGGAAGCUUAGAGGUCGACCACCAAGUAAUCGUUCGGUCCAAGAUGGGCCGUUCUCUACAUUCCCUGCGAACCCAGGAGCAAGAGAUGUGCCAACCAUCAAUCUGAGAGACAACACCCCGACCGCGACCCCAAUCGUACCAGAUACGGAGGCUCCGCAGUUCUUUCCACCAGCUCCGCCCAUGCGAGCAAAUAGCCAAAGUCAACCAGCACAAAAUGGGAGACCGAGUGGACUGCAAUUACAAGUGCCUCAACGGCAAGGCGGUACAGUCCGUCUUGCCACUCCGCCGCCAAUACCAACUCCCGUAUUGUUGGUGAAUGGCCAGGGUGAUACAGAUAUGCAUAAUCUCCCACCCACCCAACAUCAAGUCACACCCUUGAUGGAAUACUUCAGCAAUCCCGUCGACCAUGAUCCAAAUCUCCAAAACUUCGUCAACAUCACGUUCCGCCAGAACGAAGAUGCAGACCGCACGAAUGUCGACGCACUAGAAAGUCAUUUCAUCUGUGAGAUCCUCGGCGCAGACUGGUACGAUGCAUCGGGUGCUAGUAUCGAACGCUGCAGUAUCGAUGAAGCAGACAAGAUAUGUAAACAAGUUGUCAAAAACUUGCAAGCUGAAUCCAGCAGCACGGAAGCAUUUCUCAUAAACCUGUCCGCUUUAGCUGGUGGACCACUGAUGACCCGGCUGCGCAUGACGAGGCUAGAGCAAGGCUCGAUAGCACAUUAUGAAUGUCACUGGAAGAUGCGAUUUGGCUCUAUUGAAGGCGAUUUCACGAUCAGAGCAACGGUUCAACGAGCAGACGAGACAACGAAUGUGGUGAUGGACAGUGGAGCUACAGGUCUUGCAACUCUAGGCGUGGCGGAGUCUGACUGGAAGAGGCGGUAUUUGGAGUUACAACAGCAGAUUCGGGACAGAGACGAUAAAGUGGGAGCACUGAAGACGAACAUCUUGAAUGCGCUGGUGCUAUCCCAAAAAUUUACGAGGAUAUCAUGA